AUCUGAGCGUCGUAGGGGCACUGUAGUGUAGGAGCCGAGAGUAGCUGGAGGCUGCUGGUAAUCAGUCUUGUCCACGACCACGCAAACUGGAAGGUCUCAGUAUAGCGUGGGUGCCCAGGGAUCCACUGCCCGAGCGUGACGAGAGCAGCAGCCAAGACCCCGGAGACAUGAACCACACCAAGGGAGGCCUGGUGAUCUUCACUGCCAACUCGCACCCCUCCAGUCGUGAGCUUGGCAAGAGGAUUGCUGAGCGGUUAGGAGUGGAGCUUGGCAAAGUGCAGGUGUACCAGGAAGCUAACAGAGAAACACGGGUACAGAUCCAGGAGUCUGUGCGAGGCAAAGAUGUCUUUGUGAUCCAGACGGUGUCCAAAGAUGUGAACACCACCAUCAUGGAGAUGCUCAUCAUGGUUUAUGCAUGCAGGACGUCUUGUGCCAAAAGUAUCACAGGCGUCCUCCCAUAUUUUCCCUACAGCAAGCAGUGUAAGAUGAGGAAGAGAGGCUCCAUAGUCUCCAAGCUCAUCGCCUCUAUGAUGUGUAAAGCCGGCCUUACCCACCUGAUCACCAUGGAUCUCCAUCAGAAGGAGAUUCAGGGAUUCUUCAACAUCCCAGUGGACAAUCUGAGAGCAUCGCCCUUCCUGCUGCAGUACAUACAGGAAGAGAUCCCUGACUAUAGAAAUGCUGUGAUUGUAGCUAAGUCUCCUUCAUCUGCCAAAAGGGCGCAGUCCUUUGCAGAACGUCUGCGUCUGGGUAUUGCAGUGAUACACGGCGAAGCUCAGGAUGCAGAGUCAGACCAGGUGGACGGCCGACACUCCCCUCCCACCGUCAAGACCACUGGAGCCAUUCACCCAAGCAUGGAGAUUCCAUUGUUGAUCCCUAAAGAGAAGCCUCCCAUCACUGUAGUCGGAGACGUAGGAGGACGCAUCGCCAUCAUAGUGGAUGACAUAAUUGAUGAUGUGGACAGUUUUGUGGCAGCCGCGGAAACUCUGAAGGAACGGGGGGCCUACAAGAUCUUUGUCAUGGCGACACACGGCAUCCUCUCCUGCGAGGCCCCCAGAUUCAUCGAGGAGUCUGCCAUCGAUGAAGUGGUGGUGACCAACACGAUUCCUCACGAGCUGCAGAAGCUCCAGUGCCCAAAGAUCAAAACGGUGGACAUUAGUUUGAUCCUGUCUGAGGCCAUCCGCCGCAUCCACAAUGGAGAGUCCAUGUCCUACCUUUUCCGCAACAUAGGAGUGGACGACUGAACGUUUGUGUCUCUUACACACGCGUGCGCCAAAUGCCUUCUUAUACCUCUUUUACACAUAAAGUCAACGACUGAAUAUACGCUGUUGCUUUCGUGACAGAAAUCUUGCUGAAGUUUAGCGAUAGAUGCAGAGUUACACACAAACGUUCUCCUUAAAACACGCCAAAGCCCUUUUCAGACAUUAGAGCUGUAACGUUGAAGCAGCACAGCGCCACCGAUCUGUCUGCGUUUUGAUGUUUGAAGCUGCGUUGUCGUCGUGUCCGAGUUACUUCAGGGUUCAGGUCAAACUGGACAGAAACUUUAUCAGAUGUUUUUAUAUGAACACAACAGGCGUGUGUUUGCUGCAUCGUCCUCGGUACAGAUGAAGGUUGUUUCUCUAAUUUUGGACAGAACUGUCCAAAUAUGUUUUACACUAACUGCCACUUUUACAUGGGUCUCUGAUUGAGGCACACUCUUGCCACAUUCACUUUUUUUUGUUUUGUUUUGCACCACCACAAAAAAAAUAAAUAAAAAAAUACAUAAAAUAAAUCUCUGUUAUGACGCCUUAUAUAGAUUUAUUUUGAGGGUCUCACAGUCAUGACGGCUCAGAACGAAUCCUAGUUUUUGUCUUCAUGGCUUUUGGGGUGCAGGGCACAUGGGACACGUACGUGCACAGCUCUGUCUGUAACAGUCACUUCAGGUGCAAAAGGGGUGAAUGUAACCAGAUCUGUGAACCAAAAAUAAAUUUGGCUUGUUAAAUUCUGAAGAUAUGCCCCUUAAAGCUGUAAUUAAAUCUGAGUCUCACUCACAUUACUACCCCCGAAAGGGCUGCGGUGAGGAUUUUUUUUUUUUUUUUUUUUUUUAAGAGGUGGGGAUUUUUUUUAAAUUUUAUUUAUUAUUAGAGCUUGUUUUCUGCAUUUUGACUACAGCCACUCUUUGCACCCGACACUAUGGAAUGGAUGCACUCAGAAGUGUAUUCUGUAUGUAAUGUGGCACCUUUGAGAAAUAAUUCUGUGUCCGAGGACACCUCCUUUUCCUUUGGGAAACCCCUUUCAUAUCCAAUUCUUGCACAGUUAAGUGGGCAUCCUAUUACUAUUAUUAUUAAUUUAACCGACAUCCUCUUUUUUGACAAGCAGAUCUUCUCUUCAUUGGAAUACAUCCAUCUGUAGCUGUGAAAUUUUCUGGAGUGCAGUAACUGAAAACGUAUUUAAAUUAACAGCAUCUACCAGACUACUGUAACGUUUUCUCUCUAAAGAAUAAUUUGGUUUUCUCUCACUAAUUGCGUAGUGGUGCUUUUCAUUCAGCAGUAAUGUCUGCAUAUAUUUCAGAGCUCAAAAUAAAGAUUUGUAGCUUGGGGUACUAAUAGUUACUUAUUGAGAAGAGAUGUAGCCAAUAUUGUCUGGAAAUACAAGGAUUGUUGUGAAGGAACACAAAAUAAGCUUAAAAUAUUUAAUUCCCACCUCUAAAUAAAUAAAUGUAUAAUUCCCACCAUGGCCCUUUGGAGCACCAUACUUUUUCAAGCAGUGACUCCAAAUUUAAUGGAUAUAUAUAUAUAUAUUUUUUUUUUCUUAGCACGGUGGUGUAAUUUUCUACACAUUGAUGGCAUAAAGUAGAUGUCUGAAAGGAGCUAAAUGAAACUGUUGCUGCUGCUGCGUCUUUCUGACUGAAUUCUCACAUGUGCAUAUGUGCGACUGAAUUCUAACCUACUACUCCGUUUUGUUUGUCAGGGAUUCUUGUACUUCACCUCUGUUUUCCACAGUAAUUGCCAUUAAUAAUGAAUUUGUGUUUAAAACAGGUUGUUUGGCUUUGUUGACCAGCAUUGAAUGUUUUUUCUGAUACAUUGAGGAAAAGGAGAUUUGUGUCGUAAGAGUACCAGUGCCUUCUACACUCAGUCGUAUCCAGAGUAUUUGAAUAAUGACUUUUUUUUUUUAAGCUGUUAAGUUUUGCCCCAAGGUGCAAACUGCUAGGAAGCGACCGGUUUUUAAGUACAAGGUGUGGAAAUUACAAUCUUUUUGUUUUUAUUCUUACAUCAUACAAAAUCAUUUCUUCAUUAAAAUAUACUGUGGUAGGAGAUUAAGUUUUCAAAUACACAUUGGAAUGAGGUGAGGGUAGUACCAUCUCACUUCAGGUGGGAGAUUAAAUUUAUCAUUUCAAUAAUUUUGUCAGUGUACCGGACAGAAUGAACUCUCAGCUAACAGAAUUCUUUUGGCCUGUGUAAUUAAUGGAGGAGUUUGAUUUGCUGCAUAAAUGAGCAGUUUGAUGUUAAUCUGGUGUCAAAUGUAUCAUCACUGAAUGCCAACACCCAACUGGAAUUAAUAAGUUUUUCAUCUGUUCAUCGACCAUGCAUCAAUAAUAUCCACGUUAAAAUAAACACUGUUAUUGUAAUCUGGAACAGGUUUUCAGAAAACGAGUUCACUAUAACCUACUUUUUUUGGGGGGGGGGGAUUUUUAUUAUUGUUACACUUUAAAGCAGGAAUUACGAAUCAAAACUUGUAGGUCUUUGUUACUUUGCCAAAUGCAUUCCAAAAAAUGUUUUGUAUUUAUUUUCUGCACUAAAUAUAAAUAAAUGAGCUGUGAAAGCAAA